GUAGCAGCCGUGGCGGCCUCUGCGCAUGCUCCGUCGCCCGCCCGCCCUGGCCGCUCGCCGCCCGCCCGCCCGACGGAGACGAAGCCCCAGCUAUCAGACUUCAUGUGAAAGAUGGCUAAUGCAGAAGUGAGUGUCCCAGUGGGAGAUGUGGUUGUGGUACCCACUGAAGGAAAUGAAGGGGAGAACCCUGAAGACACUAAGACCCAAGUGAUCUUGCAGUUACAACCUGUGCAACAAGGUUUGUUUAUCGAUGGACACUUUUACAACAGGAUUUAUGAAGCUGGGUCGGAGAACAACACGGCAGUUGUAGCAGUAGAAACUCACACAAUACACAAAAUUGAAGAAGGAAUUGAUGAUUAUUUAAUAUCAUUCAAUGAUCAGUUGAUCAGCCCCAAGCAUUUUGUUCAUCUGGCUGGCAAGUCCACUCUGAAGGACUGGAAGAGAGCCAUUCGUCUGGGUGGAAUCAUGCUUAGGAAAAUGAUGGACUCUGGACAGAUUGAUUUUUACCAACAUGAUAAAGUUUGCUCCAAUACCUGCAGAAGCACCAAAUUUGAUCUUCUGAUUAGCAGUGCAAGAGCUCCAGUGCCAGGACAGCAGACAAGUGUGGUGCAGACACCCACUUCGGCCGAUGGUAGCAUCACACAGAUUGCCAUCUCAGAAGAGAGCAUGGAAGAGGCAGGACUGGAAUGGAACUCGGCUCUCACCGCUGCUGUCACCAUGGCCACAGAGGAGGGUGUGAAAAAAGACUCUGAGGAAAUUUCAGAGGACACAUUGAUGUUUUGGAAAGGAAUAGCUGAUGUAGGCCUGAUGGAAGAGGUUGUCUGCAACAUACAGAAGGAAAUAGAGGAGCUCCUAAGGGGAGUUCAGCAGCGGCUCAUCCAGACUCCCUUCCAGGUCACAGGUGAGUGCACUGAUCCUAACAACAGUGGUCAUUUAUCAAAUACUCAACAACUGUGGGCAGGUCCUUUUAGUCUCACAGCAACUCUGAAGAGGGUUGGAGAAAACAUGGUUAAUGGAUUAUACUUCCCACCACACAGUUUUUUGUUUUUGUUUUUUAACCCCAUAGACUUGGAACGCCAGUUGGAAGAGCAAAAGAAGCAAGCCCAGGAUCAUAGGCUGAAAUCCCAGACAGUUCAAAAUGUGGUACUGAUGCCUGUGAGCACUCCUAAGCCUCCAAAAAGGCCUCGGCUCCAGCGGCCAGCCUCCACCACCGUCCUGAGCCCUUCUCCUCCUGUGCAGCAACCUCAAUUCACAGUCAUCUCACCCAUCACCAUCACCCCAGUGGGUCAGUCAUUUUCCAUGGGCAAUAUUCCAGUGGCCACCCUCAGCCAGGGCUCCAGUCCUGUGACUGUCCACACACUGCCUUCUGGCCCUCAGCUCUUCCGAUAUGCCACAGUGGUCUCCUCUGCCAAGAGCAGCUCACCAGAAACAGUGACCAUCCACCCUUCAUCUAGCUUGGCACUGCUAAGCUCUACUACCAUGCAGGAUGGAAGCACCCUAGGCAACAUGACCACCAUGGUGAGCCCUGUGGAGCUGGUAGCCAUGGAGUCUGGCCUGACCUCAGCACUCCAGGCAGUUGAAAGCACCGCAGAGGAUGGGCAGACCAUCAUUGAAAUUGACCCAGCCCCAGACCCUGAAGCUGAAGACACUGAGGGCAAAGCAGUCAUCUUGGAGACAGAGUUGAGGACUGAGGAGAAAGUAGUGGCUGAGAUGGAAGAACACCAGCACCAAGUCCACAAUGUGGAGAUUGUGGUCUUAGAGGAUUGACUGGGGAUCUCGGGGCCAGGAGAUAUGUUUUGGUUUGGAAUUUUAAUUAUUUGUUUAUUUUUAUCAUUGUCCCACUCAUUUCCACAUAGGAUCCUUCCUUUUUUUUUUUUUUUAGAACAAAAUUUCAUUGUUAUAACUGAAAAUGUUGGAUUCCUCCCACUUUCUCAUUGAAAAAUGGACAAAACAAACUGCCCUUCCACAGUUGAGAGAGAGUAGGUCGUUCAAUGUCUUAAUCAUCUUACUCCAUGAAAGUUAUUUUUUUUAGGGGAGGCAUCAAAAUAACCAGAAACCCUUUCCAGACUAGUCUAUCUGUGUACGCAUGUGGUUUUAUUCUUGUAAAGAUGAUUGACCAAACUCUAGAACACAGAUCUGACACUGGAAGGCAACCCAUUCACAUGUGGAUGCAGAAGUAUGCUUUUUUUCUUUUUUUUUUUUUUUUUUUUGUAUCUUGGAAAGGAUUCUCAGAGGGCAGUGCAAAACUCUGAAACAAAAAGAAGUUGAACUCUGCUUGGAGGGGAAGGUAGCAUGGUAGCUGCAGCUUAAAAAGGGAAAUGCUUUCACAAGGAUAGGGCAAGGGAAUUAUCUUACCUACAAAGGUGCAACUGAUAUCACUUAAGAUCUCUGAGGGUUGUUACUAGGGGUACCAUUUGAAAAGAGGCCAGUAAUAAGUGGAAGUGUACAUUUUCACAGAGUAAGUGAUAACAGUGGCCUGUGGCUUUGCUGAAAUAGAAAUCAAGGGACACUACAGCUGUGCUUUAAAGUUCAAGGUGAUAGCUUCCUUGCCCCCCACUUUGUAGAAGCACUUACCCUCCUAACCUAGGAUCAGUUCUUUCAUUUGCAAAAUGUGUGAUGUGUAAAUUGCUCUGGUCCUUAGAGUGUGGCUGCCUGUGGGUGGGACUCCAAGGCCAUCAUUUUUAUUGCAUGACUCCAGGAACAGGGGGAGUUYCUCAUUCAGACCAGCUUCCAUCUUUGAUGGGGCCUUUCCCCCUCCUCCUCCUUGGCUUUGGAACCAAAAGCAGUCACUCAUUUGGUGCUUCCUCUUGUUCUCCCCUCUACCCUCAAUUCUUAAUGACAUCUGUCUUCUGGAUCCCACGCUCUUCAGCUUUUUGGCUGAUUUGGAGAUCAGUGACAGGUGCCUGCCUGCCUUCAUCUCCUUUUAGAUUCAUUUAUACCACAGAUGUUUCUGUGAGAUACUGAGCUCAUAAAAAAGCCUUAGGCUUGGCAGGGAAAACUGGUAACACCCCCAGUCUUUCCUGAGGCACCAACUAAAUGUCUCCUCUUGAGUGAGCUGGACUCCCUGGGAAAGAAACAUUAUCUGUGACAUUAUAUUAUAGGAAAUGUACCAGGAAUGUCAAUAGUAAUGUCUUGUUUUUGUUUUGUUUUUGUUUUCCUAAAUGUUGUUUGUAUAUUUAGAGCUGGCAAUUUUUUUUUUUUUUUUUUGUGCUAUGAUUCCUUCUCUUUGACCGGUCCUCUUCAGUGUUUGGGAUAAGAGUAGA